AAAUUACAUAAAACUACGUCAUCCACUGGCUCAUAUGGUCAUUUAUGCUAUUUCAGGAAUAUAGUUUAGGGUAGAAUGAUUUUGGAAAUGCUGUCUAGUUUCUGUUGUUCAACGUUGAACGGCAGUCUCUGCACGCAUUGUGCUUGAAAGCAGGAGACAUAAUUGGUUUCUCAUUGCGAUAUAACCAUUAGUCAGUCCACCACGCGUGGGACUGAGGAAAAGCAGCACUCAGCAUUCCCUGUCACCGUUACUCAACUGUCCUCCCUACAGUGAGCUGAACCUUUUGGACGAUUUGAUCUCCAUAUUUCUACCUCCGAAUUUUGGAGUUUUAGUAGCGGAUCGCAUUGGAUCCUAUAGCAUCUUUUGUUUCCGCCUGGAGAAAGUUUGUUCAGGUUCCAACAUGAGUGGUUUAGAAGAAGACUUCAAAAAUAUUAUUUUGAUAAAAGAGGAGAGAAUUAAGGACAUGGAGAUGCGUCUCGCCGAAAAGGAAGAAGAGAUCCACGAAUUAAAACGAAAACUGCACAAAUGUCAAUCCGUUCUGCCCAGCGCGCAGAUAAUUGGACCUAGAACCAGGCGCGCCCAAGGCAUCUCGGCGGAACCUCAAGCUUACCGAACCUUCCAGGAGUUAAACAGUGAAGCAUUUCGGAAACAUUCCAAGUCUGACAGGUCCAAGGGCUUAAUCAAGGAGGCCAUUCUUGACAACGACUUCAUGAAGAACCUUGAGCUUUCUCAGAUCCAAGAGAUCGUUGACUGUAUGUACCCAGUUGAAUAUGCCACAGACAGCUGCAUCAUCAAAGAAGGGGAUGUGGGCUCAUUGGUGUAUGUGAUGGAAGAUGGGAAGGUGGAGGUGACCAAGGAGAGCAUGAAGCUGUGCACCAUGGGACCUGGGAAGGUGUUUGGAGAGCUGGCUAUCCUUUACAACUGCACCAGGACGGCCACCGUCAAGACCCUCACUAAUGUGAAGUUAUGGGCCAUCGACCGCCAGUGUUUCCAGACCAUUAUGAUGAGGACAGGCCUCAUCAAACAUGCCGAAUACAUGGAGUUUCUAAAGAGUGUUCCAACAUUCCAAGGCCUUUCAGAAGAAAUACUAAGCAAGCUUGCUGACGUGAUGGAAGAGACGCACUACGGGGACGGGGAGUACAUCAUCAGACAGGGAGCCAGAGGGGACACCUUCUUCAUCAUCAGCAAGGGAAAGGUGAACGUCACCAGGGAGGAUUCUUCCAAUGACAUGCCUGUGUACCUGCGAGGCCUGGGCAAAGGAGACUGGUUUGGGGAGAAAGCCCUGCAGGGGUAAGUUGGUUAGUCUUGUCUGUGGAAAGGUCCAUAAUAUGAAGAUUUGCAAUACUGAA